AUGGCGGAUUCUUCUCAAGCUAGGUCUCACAAAUCCCUUCUAGUGAUCGGAGGCAAAACCGAUUCUGCUGGCAGUUCUAACCCUAAACCUCACGGUGUCUCCGGCUCGAAUCUCCGUGACUCCUCCAAGCCGCAGGGACUCAAGAGAGAUUCAAGAUACGAUGAGAACGGUGAUGCUGAUAACUUGCCUAUCAAGAAAUCGAGGACGACGACGCUUGCUUCUGAUCCCGAGAGUAACUCUGAGAACAGUAAGAGAAUUGUGCCUCUGGCUGUAAAACCAUUGACGGUUGUGGAAGCGGAUACUCCGAAGCUUUCUCGACAGUUUUGGAAAGCAGGCGAUGACAAGGAAGAUGAGCCUGUUGCUCGCUAUUGUAGCAAUGAUGCGGCGGUUAGGGUUCAUCCUCAGUUUCUUCAUGCUAACGCCACUAGUCACAAGUGGGCUCUUGGAGCUUUAGCCGAGCUUCUUGACAAUUCCCUAGAUGAGGUAUGUAAUGGGGCUACAUAUGUGCAUGUUGAUUCAACAACAAAUAAAAGAGACGAUAAGAGCAGCAUUCUUAUAGUUGAAGACAAUGGAGGUGGGAUGAAUCCAAGUAGGUUUAGAGAGUGCCUUUCUUUGGGGUAUUCAAGAAAACGCAAUAUGGCUAAUACAGUUGGUCAAUAUGGGAAUGGAUUCAAAACUAGUACAAUGAGGCUUGGUGCUGAUGCAAUUGUCUUCACACGUUGUCGUGGAACCAAUGGAAAUAACACGACACAGAGUAUUGGUAUGCUGUCAUAUACUUAUCUUUACGAGACAAGAAAAUGCGAAGCCGUUGUCCCCACGGUUGAUUUUGAGUUGGUAGAUAACAAAUGGAAGCAGAUAACAUACAACUCCACAGAUGAUUGGUUUGAUAACUUGGAGACUAUAAUCAAGUGGUCGCCUUUUUUGUCCCAAGAAGAGUUAUUCGACCAGUUUGAUUCCCUAGAUGAGCAAGGUACUCGGAUCUUGAUUUAUAAUCUAUGGGAGGACGAUGAGGGGAAGUUGGAGCUUGACUUUGAUACAGAUCCUCAUGAUAUUCAACUAAGAGGUGUGAACAGAGAUGAGAAGAGCAUAGAGAUGGCGAAAACUUACCCUAACUCUAGGCAUUUCUUGACUUAUCGACACUCACUACGUGUAUGUAGUUCCACGUCUUUUAUUUAA